AGCCAAAGAUAUCGGCUCAGUCAUGUGAUCAGCUGUCGCCAAUCACAGCUGAUCGCAUGGGACAUGUACACUGAUCAUCAGGGGACUGAUGAUCAGUGUGCCCUGAUGAUCAGUGUAGCCCCAGCAGUGCCACCUGUCAGUGUCCAUCAAUGCCAGCUGUCAGUGCCCAUCAGUGCCACAUAUCAGUGCCUACCAGUGCACAUCAAUGCCACAUAUCAGUGCCCAUCUGAGCUGCCGCAGUGUCAACUAUCAGUGCCGCCUAAAAGUGCCCCCUACAAGUGCCUCCUCAUCAGUGCCCAUCACUGCAGCCUCAUUAGCGCACAUCAGUGA